UUGAAUGAAAACAGUUAAUCGCAAUAAAAAUGCCGAGGUCUUCCAGGCAAUUUGAUGAUGGCGAAUAAAUAGAGCGUGCCCGCGCGCGCGUCAAAGUGCAGCCCUGAGCGCCGAUUGGCUGAAAAUGACAUCACAUACAAUUGUACUAUUCUUAGCUUCUGGAAACGGGAUGACCUCAUCUUUUUCCUCCCUCGCGCAGGUAUUGACAUACAACAACAAAUGAUGUUAGAUGCGCAGACAGGACGGAGAGGAAUACGGGAGAGACAACUUUGGAGAGAGCGAUAACGAAACUAUAAAGUAAGCAGAUUAUAAUUGUACAGUACACGCGUUAUUCGCUUUCUUUUGUGCUAUUUACAUAUUCGUCCACAAGCUUUGUUGGACUUUCUCAACAUUUUUUGAUUUCCUGCGCACUCCAUUUAAUUUGACAGUGCUGGUUCAAUUUUCGGAUUAAUCAGAUUUAUCAAAGACAAAAAACAAGAGAUGGUUUACUACAGGGGUAGUCAGUCCGAGCAGCCACCGUUGUCGCGUAUCCUGCCGCAUCUCUACCUUGGUGCAGAGACUGACGUAACGCAGGAUAGUUUAUCUGACCGAGGCAUAUCAUACGUGCUAAGCGUGAGCCGAUGUUGUCCUCAGCCUUCAUUUCUACCUCAGUCCCAGUACCUCCGUAUCCCAAUAGACGACUCCCUUCGGGAUGAUUUGCUUCCUUGGAUUCCUCAGGCGUUGCACUUCAUUGAUGGGGCCAUGUCACUUGGCUGCUCAGUCCUGGUCCACUGUGCGGCAGGAAUCUCUCGGUCUCCAGCGCUCGCUGUGGCCUAUGUUAUGUAUAGUCUGAAAAUGGAUCUGGACCAUGCAUACAGGUUUGUGAAAGUACGCAGACCUACAAUUUCACCUAACUUCAACUUUCUUGGCCAGCUGCAGCUUUUCCAGGGAACACUAUUUUUGAUGAAUAAUAACAACACAAACCUUCACGCACAGGAGUCAGUCAAAACUUUGGAUAACUGCAUACAACCCACUAAUGACAAAAUCAAUAGCAGCUCCACAGUGUCACUGUUAACUAACUUGAACCUUCAAAACAGCAUGGACAACAACUGUAUAAUUAAUGGGUGUACUGAGGAUUCCAAAGUAAAUGUACAAUGUGAGAACAAAAACAACCAAAUGGAAAAUAAUCAGAGCCAAGGCCAACACUAUGAGGUGAAGAAGCCAGAGUUUAACUUAUCUCUUUCUGGCAAGCUUGGAGCUCUUACUCUCCACACAAAUCCUGUAGAGGUACAAAGACCAGUCAACAUCACAUCUCAGACACUACAGGAUGCACCAAAGCUAAACCCACCUAAGCCUACUUUUCUACAAAUUCCAUCCAGCCGCAUUUCUCUCGCAGAGAAACGCAAAAACCUUACUCUUUCCCUAACACCAGUGAUUGCAGAUCCUCAGACUCACCAGAAGGGGUCAACAGUAAACAGUAGUAAUCUGAAGCAGAGCACGAUAUGCAGUUCAACAGGAUCUCAGACUGGGGAGUCAGAUAGAUUGGGCAGUGUAAGCAGGUUAACCCGCAAGGAGGCUUCAGCCAAACACAGCUGCUCAAGAGCACAUAAAAAGAAGAGUAAACUAAACUACGACAACCCCAACCCCUCUUUUAGCAGAGCAAAGGAGGAGCAACAAAGAACAAAAACAAACCUGCCGAACCCUGCAGACAAUUCAAGCACAAGUUCACAGAGGCAGAUCCAGGGACCAUGUGGUAUCGCCACUUCCCCACCAGAGCUUUUAGAGAAGGAGGUUACUGGUGGCGUAGAGGCUGUGGAGGGUAUGGAUGGAAACCAGAGCCCCCUGUCUCCUGUCAGUCUAACAGUCAAGAAAAUACUGGACUGGGGAGAACGCAUGCUGCUUGGGGUCUUAUUUGGUCCACGCAUUAAAGUGGGACAGGCUGCUUUGCCGUGCAGAUGUUGAGGUAGGGACUGGUGGUAUGAAAAUUGCGCUAUUUAAAGAUACAGGUGUAAGCAAGAACUCUUCAGCAAGGCAUAAGAACUCUUCUUUACUACAGGAGGGAUCUUAAAUGACGAAGAGGACAUUAUGGAUGCAAAAGCAUAUGUAUAAGUGUGUGAAUGUGCAUGUUCAUUCAAGACUAUUGGACAGCUCCUGACUGUGAAGAAGACAUAUGUAUAAAUGACUGAAAUAUCUGCAGAAAGACAUGCAUUUUGUUCUGUUAUUUUGUUCUGCCUGCCUGUAAAUUUAUUUAUUGACAUACACUGAUAAUUUUUAUUUAUAAAGGGGUAUUUUGUGGAUGGAAUUUUAACAAUAUAUAGCUUGUACUGAAUACAGUGUUCAUUAAAGACUAUUUUAC